AUGCCUUCAGUGACCAUUCCCGUUCGGCUUAAACAGCCUCAACCUAUCGAGGACACGGAUGAUGAUUUUCUGGUUGUCGACGAUCAGGAUGGAAUUCUGGUCAUUGGAAUUGACUUUGGCACAACCUUUUCUGGAGUAGCAUGGGCCACUACGGAAGAGCUGGAGGAUAACCCAAAUGACAUCAAUCUCAUCAUGAACUGGCCCGGAACUGGGCGGGAGGAGAGCAAAGCACCUAGCGAGAUCUGCUACAACGACAACGGCACCAUCAGCUGGGGCUUUGAGGUUUCUCCAGAGGCCGAUUCCAUUCGCUGGUUCAAGCUACUCCUGCUGAAGGACGAGGAUUUGGGCGAUGAUCUGAACGCAUCACCACAUCUCGCUCAAUGCCGCGCCCUUCUCAAGCAGACCCAGAAAUCGGCCAUCCACGUUGUUGCCGACUAUCUCCGCAUGCUCUGGAAGCAUACCAUCGAAACCAUAGUAAGGGCGCGUGGACAAACAGUCGUCGACUCCAUGGUUAUCCGGACGGUGAUUACAGUGCCAGCAAUCUGGAAAGGUUAUGCUCGCCAAGCGAUGGAGAAGGCGGCAAGAAAGGCCGGGAUACUAGACAAGCGUCCGGCCGGGCCGACUGCUCUCGUCCUUGCAAAUGAACCCGAGGCCGCGGCACUAGCGACGCUGAUCGAAAGAGGCCGCAAACCAACUGCCAACAGUAUUUAUAUCGUCUGCGAUGCAGGCGGCGGCACUGUUGAUCUUAUCAGCUACCAGAUUGAACGCGUCAACCCAAUCAGUAUGAGGGAGGCGGUAGAAGGACAAGGUGCUCUUUGCGGUGGCAUAUUCAUCGACGAAGCAUUCGAACAGCUUUGUAAGAGACAGUUUGGUAGCCAAUGGAACUCCUUGAGCAAGACUGCGGCGAGAGACAUCAUCAGAGACGACUGGGAGUUUGGCAUUAAACCGCAGGUCAGAAAAAACAGUGGUUUCAAGGCUUUUACGGUCAGAGUGCCUUCGGAAAUAAACACGAAGUCGACGGUUGGCGUCAAGAGCGGACGCAUGCACUUCCUCGGCUCGGAUAUUGAAUCAACCUUUGAAAACACCUGCCACCAAAUAAAUAAGUUGAUACUCGACCAGCUACAAGGGAUCGAAGCAGGCAGCGAGAUACACGUUAUCCUCGUUGGCGGUCUGGGGUCAUCCCCCUAUCUGUACGACUAUUUGAAUGAGACUUGCACAGGCAUUGGGGUGGGCAUACUCCAAUCGACCGGGACCAAGCCUCGGACUGCCAUAUGCCGAGGAGCCGUCCUCAAAGGCUUCCUCGAAGAUAUGCAGCAUCCUCAAAGCAGCGCACCAGUCAUGGUCACAUCAACGGUCUCGCGGACUAGCAUUGGGCUACUAAUGGACGUACCGUUUAUCCAUUGCGUUCACCUGGAGGAGGAUAAGAAAUGGUGUCCGCUGGAACUAAACUACAAAGCAUCCAACCAAGUGAAGUGGUUUCUCUCCAAAGGGCAAGACGUCCCAGACUGCAAGCCAGUGCGAGCCCCAUUCUACCACCUCCUCUACCCCGAACAGUCACUUCGAGUGAGUCUGGACCUUGUCGAGUGCGAAAAGUCAGACGCCCCGAUGCGCAAAACUUCAGCUGUGACGCCAUUGUGCAAUCUCAGCUUCAAGGUCGAUGUGCAACGUGAAGAUAUUCAGGAGUUCAUAAACUCAAACUGCGCAAAGUAUCAUAAACUUUCCUUUGAGGUUGAAAUGGUGCCGGUGGGUGCUGCGGUAGAGUUUGCCGUCUACGUCUGUGGUAGGAAGCAGGGCGCGAGGAAUGUCAAUGUUCGUUUUGACUAG